UAAUGUGGCGCUUUUUACGACGUUACAACUGACAUAAACGGCGUGAAAUACGGCGUUUUACAUGGUGUCUUGCGUUGUCUUUUACAGCGUAGUGGAAAAAUAGCGCUGUAUUUUGGGGAAUAAAAGCCAGUUUUUCCAUACACAGCGACAGACGCAUGACGUCGGAACCACGUCGAAGUCGUCGUAGUAGGUUACCGCCUUUAUGCGUAUGUAGUCACUGUACCUUAGGUUGCACAUACUAGAAACUGUUUUUAAACAUUAAUCUGGUAAUACAUUGUCAAACUCUUUUUCGAUCGUCACGAAACAGAGGUGUAGCUAGAUAAGAUUUUUUUAAAGCCAUUUUCCAACUUGAAUAGCUGAGCUACCGAGGAUCAUGCAAGGAACCGAAGAAGAUCAACGCUACAGGAAACAGACAAAAACGAAACUACACAAUCCUCAGUAAUUUGAACAUGUUACUUGGAAAAACAAGAAAUUUCUCAGACUUUGUGAUCUUUGGUUUACGCGUAUUCGGUGUUUAUGCUGUGCUCGUAUAUGGAAACAAUUGUGGUCAGAGCGAAUAUCAGUCAGCAUCGGGAGAAUGUUGUCCAAUGUGUAAUAUAGGUUCAGUAGUUUUCAGAGACUGUGAAGGUGAUGCAAGCACCACUUGCAUACCUUGCGGCAUUAACACAUACAUGAAUAAACCCAGUGGUCUUUACAGAUGCUUUCUGUGUAAAACCUGUGAUCACGUACAAGGUCUUAUCAUUACACAAGACUGUACAACUAUACAAAAUACAGUCUGUGGAAUCCUGGAAGGAUACUACUGUAAGGAUUACGGAGAUGGUGAAUGUACAUUUGCCUUAAAACACAGAAAAUGUCAAUCAGGGCAAGAAAUUAAAGUUGCAGGGACAAAAAACACAGAUACAGUGUGUGAAGCCUGUCCAUCUGGAUUUUAUUCUCCACUGGGUGUGAACUGCACUAAAUGGACAGACUGUUCCGUCAAGGAUGAAGAUGUGGACAAAGAAGGCAGUUCUGUAAAUGAUGUUACAUGCAAACCCAAAAGAAGAGAAAGAUACAGUCUCAUAGCUGCUGUUUUAGUAGCAAUAACUUUUGUUUUAUUUUUUAAAUUAAAGUGUGACUCAAAAGAGACUAAACGGGAAGUGACUAAAGAUAAACCUGCAGCAGCAAAUUUAAUAACUCCUGUGGAAGAAACCGUGGCUUCUUUAUCUAAUGUCCCAGUGGAAAACAGGGAAGAUGAAUUAAUAUCUGUCACAUUAUCCUAAAGAGGAAGACGACUGUGUUUUGUACAACUUCUACAAAAAAAACAAAACAAAACAAAGACUCUAAAUGUAAAUAUCAUGGGGGGAGCUCAUUUACAUAUGGGAACAACAUUUUCAUUCCUUGCAAAAUACUUUAAAAUCAACACUACAGAUGAUACAGAAGAAGGCUUGCUGGUCGCUUUGUUAACACCUUCAGACAAUCAGAAAUAAAGAUUUUUCUAUUCCAGUAGCAAGGCAUUUUAAUGCUAAUAGAUACUGAUUUAAUGAUAUGUGUUUGCAUUGCCAGUCGUUGCUAUGGUAUCAAUGAAAUUACAACCCCAAUUGCAAAAAAGUCAGGACACUGUAAAAUGUAAAAAAAAAAAAGAAAAGAAAAGAAAAGAAAGAAAGAAAGAAAAAGAAAAACAAUGAUUUGUAAAUCUAAUAGACCUAUAUUUUAUUCACAAUAAAACAGAACACAUCAGAUGUUAAAAGAGAUAUUUUACCAUUUCAUGAAAAAUAUUAAUGUAUUAAAACUUGAUGGCAGCAACACAUCUCAAAAAGGUUUGCACAGAGUCAUGUCUACCAUUGUGUAACAUCCCCUCUUCUUUUAACAGUCUGUAAAUGUCUGAGGAGUGAGGAGACCAAUUGCUGGAGUUUUGGGAGAGGAGUGUUGUCCUAUUCUCGUCUGAUGUAGGCUUCUAGCUACUCAACAGUCCUGGGUCUUCUUUGCCACAUUUUUUGUUUCAUGAUGUGCCAAAUGUUUUGUGUUGGUGAAAGGUCUGGACUGUUGAGCACCUAGACCCUGCUGUGAAGCCAUGUUGUUUUGAUGGAUUCAGUAUGUGGUUUAGCAUUUGUCCUAUAUUGUGCUAAAGAAUUGCAUUUUUUUGUUUGUUUGUUUGAGGGUAGAUAGGUCUGGUGUUUAUUUUACAGUGUGGAUUUUGUUUAUUGUUUUGGCAUCACAACUCCUGACGAUUCAACAGUUUGUGUUAUACUAAUACAACUUUUUUUGUCAUAUACAUUUUAUUACUGGUCUAUUUAUUGUCCUAUUACUCAGUGUCGCUGUUGCGGCCACGCUACAUAGACUGGAGUAGUAAUGCAUUUUCUUGCUGAAAUAUGCAAGGCCUUCCCUGAAAGAGACAUUGUCUGGACGGAAGCAUAUAUUCUAAAACCACUAUAUAUUGUUAAGCAUUGACAUAUAAACUCUUCAAACCAUAGGCACCAAUGCAACCCUGUUCCAUCAGAGAUGGAGGCUUUUGAACUGUACACUGACAAGCUGGGUGGUCCCUUUCCUCUUGAGUCUGCAGG